ACAUUGUUUAUAAGCCAAUCCAAACUUAGCCUAAGUUGAAUUACUUUAUAAAAAAUCACAGGGACUUAUUUCCAUCUAAAGCUAGCUUAAUUAACUGUAUAUUAAUUUUUAUGCAGGAAACAGCAUUAAACCAUGUAUGGAUGUCAGGACUACUGAGUGAUGGGUUUGGAGCAACACAUGGAAUGAUGAGGAACGAUCUCAUUUGGGUUGUAUCAAGAAUGCAAGUUCUCAUUGAUUAUUAUCCCAUUUGGGGAGAGGUAGUAGAAAUUGACACAUGGGUUGGAGCAUCGGGCAAGAACGGUAUGCGACGCGACUGGCUCAUAAGAAGUCAAGCCACAGGCCAAAUUUUCGCUCGUGCAACAAGCACAUGGGUGAUGAUGAACCGUAAAACAAGACGUCUUUCGAAAAUGCCAGAAGAGGUGAGGGAUGAACUUGCACCUUGGUUUAUAGAGAAGCAAGCAAUAAAAGAAGAUUCUCCUGAAAAAAUCCUCAAAUUGAACAAAGAAGCAAAAUACAUGAAUUCCGAUUUGAAGCCCAAGAGAAGUGAUUUGGACAUGAACCAACAUGUUAAUAAUGUAAAGUAUCUAAGAUGGAUGCUUGAGACUAUCCCUGACCAAAUUCUAGAGAGCCACCAAUUAUCUGGUAUAACAUUAGAGUACAGAAGAGAAUGUGGAAGUUCAGAUAUAGUUCAAUCAUUAUGUGAACCUGAAGAAGAUGAAAUAGUACUUAAUGGUAUGGUUGAACCAAAUUAUUGUAAAAGUUUGUUUAAUGGAUUAUCCUUAGCAUCAUCAGAUAUUAUUAAUGGCGGUGGAGUUUUGAGUUACCUUGAACAAAGGCCAAUAAGGUAUACACAUCUAUUACAAGCCAAAGGAGAAAAACAAAAUGAAGAAAUUGUUAGAGGAAAAACUAUCUGGAAGAGGAAAAUCACUACACUACCAUUUUCUACCUAGUAAUGUGUGUGGAAGUAGUUUUUGUGAAUUGGGAACUUGGAAGGAACAAAACUUCAAUUUGGACUAUGGUGUCCUCAACAAGAAAUUAUUGGAUUAUAUGAAAAUGACAUAUGAUGGGAAGACAUUGUUGGAGUAAACAAAAUAAAGAUACAAAGAAAGUGACUGACAAUGAAAAUUUAAGAAGUUAUGAGUAUGUUCCUAAUGUAAUUCAUGAUACGGGUGUGAAAUAUGAUAAUAAUUUAUUUAUAAUGAAUUAUAGUUUUAUGGUCAACAAAUGUU